CAAACAUUCGCAGUUUACGCUUCCACCCACGCUCUGCCUCUCUCACAAACUCGCCCACAAGAACUGCUAUGGGCUAUGUACGAGUGCGUCUGAACAAGUUAACUGUUAGUAAUCCCGCUCGCCGAGCCGCCCGCCGAGGCACCCACACCUCUCCUCUCAACCACCAACGUUACCAACAUCCACAACCCACACCUCCACCAUGUCGUCCCCGACAGCAAAAUCCCUCACCAAGCGUGCCGCGCCCAGCUCCCUAAUGCCUCCCCCACCAGCCCCGAAACGGAUCAAGCGCCCCGCCGUUGUGCUCGACGAAGACACCUACGUUGCCGCACUCACGCACAUCAUCCGCCGCGACUUCUUCCCCGGGCUUGCUGAGACGGAUGCCCAGAUGGAGUAUCUGAGUGCGCUGGACAGUGGGAAUAACGGCUGGAUUAGGGAGAGUGGGAGGAGGCUGACGGAGGCUAUGACGCCUGGACCGGGGAAGAGGCACGGAAGGAGGGCUGGAAUGGCUGGACUUGGAGGAGGAGCAAAGGGAGGAGUAGGUGGAGGGAGUGCGGAGACACCGAGUGUGUGGGCCGGGGACACACCUCUCAGUGUCGCGGAGACGGAUGCUGGCAGUGGUGUCAACGAAGCUGCGACUCAGAAACCAGACAUCGAUCUAAAUCUAAGUCUAACAGCCUUCCAAGCGAAAUACACGCCUGAGGACCAAGAAUCCUUCAACCAGAUCCUAGACAAAGCGAAUGCGAAACGCUUCCUCGAGAAUCAGUGGCUGCAUAUUGGGAAUCGGCAUCCUUCGAAGCAACGGCUCGCGCAGCAGAAGGUCAUCACCGCCUCCACCUCCGCCACAGCAGCAUCAACAUCAGCAGGCAAGGAGGUAGUAUUACGCCCAUCCCACGAUCUUGACGCCCGUCCCGCAGCCCCAACAACGCACAAACACACCGCUUUCAACAGUCUCAUGUUCGUCCCCGACUCCAUAGAAUCCUGGGCGCCGACACGUGCGCAAGAAGCAGAUUCCGCGUCUCUCGCUCCCCCGAAAGCACUGCUUCAUCACAAUACUCGACUCCCCACCCACGACCCCGAUUCAUCCACCAAGCGCAAAGACCCCCCCUCCCCAACUAUCUCCGCGAUCCGCGACGCCAUUGCCGGGCGUCCACGGACGUCGAAAAGUGAGGCUGGAUACGAGGGCAGUGAGACUCCCAGGGUGAACGGGUAUGCGUUCGUUGACGCAACACCGCCUGAACCUGAAGACGAAGAAGAGGACGCGCCGACAGAUUUGCUGGAGAAGUUUGGAGCGAAUGCGAAGCCGAGUCCGUUUACUAUUCAUGAUUCGAAUCGGAGGGAGAGACUGCAUCAUAAAAUGGUUGAGAGGAUUAGUGGGAAGAGGGCGGGUAAAACGGAAGCUUCAUCUUCUAUCUCUGCAUCAAGGUUGGGUCUGUUUGGAAACAAUACACCGCGGUUUCUGAGUGCGCCUACUCCUGGUAGGCGGAUGCCUACGGGAGCGGGGUUAAGGAAAGAUGCGGUGGGUUUGACGCCCGCGGGGAGGAGGUUGCUGGAGAAGGUGGGUGGAUCAACGCCGAAGCGGGAAGGAGGGUUUGGGGAAGAGAGGAAGGGCGGUGGGGGGUUGGAUAGGGAGUGGACACCUACACCUAAGGUGAAGAGGAGGAUUUGAGUGUGUUUGGUGCGCUCACUGCGUUUGUUCGGG